AUGUCAGACCAGAACCCGGAGUCGACAAAUCGCCAAGAAGAGCGUCCAGAAUGGCAGGAGGAAGGGUUCAGUUCCCAUCAAGAAUGGCAAGACUGGCGAAACGAAUAUCUGGCAACCGAUAAUGCCUACGAUACCCAGGCGGAGGACCCAUCCCCUGAUGACAGCGAUGAGGACGAGGGCUUUGAUGAGGAGUUCGUCAGCGAGCAAGGAUCACAGAACGAAGAGGACGACGACGAAGAAUCGGAAAAUGGUGAGCCUGAAGGAAACGUCGAGCCCGAAGACGGCAGCAACCCCGACAAACAUUCCAAGGCUGCAGACAACGGCGCGCCUGGAGCAAACAACACUCCAAAUGUCGACGAAGCUGAGCUCACUUCUAUAUACGGCUUCGCGCACGACAAGAACAAAGACUAUGCCCUCGUCGAGCAGUCGGCUCGUGGAGCCCUUAACGCUAUCACCAUAGCCCUGCAAGAUAUCAUUAACAAGAGCCAAGCGCGACAAGGUGAUCCACAGAGUCUUGCGAAAGAGAUCGAGAGCGCCUUUGCCACGACUUUAACUACGUAUCUAAGCGUCCAAGCAGUGCUCCAAGGUGGACAACAAGGUAUUGGGCGGCCACCUCCCCUUAGCGCCAUCUCUUCGCAGCGUAAUCAACCAUUGAUCGGAACGUCUGCCGCCGUGUCUGUUCCACCCUCUCCGCCUCCGCCGCCACCGUCAACGACCAGCGGUCUCGUAUCCUCCGCCCCGCAAAGAAGUAACGUCAGCGCUUCUCAAGAAAACGAAGACGUGAACAGCGACAAUGAGGAGGAAUUGAAAGAGACUACAACACCACAUCUCGACUAG